AUGAUUAACCUUGCUGUCGCCAGGUGGCAGACAGAUCGCAGUGAAGUUGACGGCAGGCGGGGCACAGGAUGCGCACGCAGGUUACAUAACGCGCGUGGGGCGCGCGCAGCGGAGUCGGGAGCGGGGAGCGGGGCGAUCGAUGCGCGCCCGGGGGGUGUCAACGGCAGUCGAGCGGCGAGCGAGCGACAUGGCGGCGCGCCCACCCCGCGCGGCGGCCCCGCGGCCCGGGCCGCGCGAGUAGGUCGCCAUGCGCGAUGCGGUAUGAGGCAGCGCCGCGCCCGGCGGGCCGGCCCCCGCUAG